UCUACACGCACACUCCCAGACCCUCUCACACCCCCCAAAGACGCCUGGCACUUCCCAUUGCUCCCUGCACUCGCAGCCAAGCCGCAGCCACGCACAGCCCAGAGAUUCGCUCACCCUCACACACUCACUGUCAGUCUGCUUCUGUCACCUUCCAUGGCACCCCGUGUGGCUCCACUACUGGCCCUCAGCCUGCUGCUUCUCUGGACUUCCCCUGCUCUGGGUGGUGCCAAUGACGCCGAAGACUGCUGCCUGUCUGUGACCCAGCGCCCCAUCCCUGGGAACAUUGUGCGAGCUUUCCACUACCUCCACCUUAAGGAUGGCUGCAGAGUGCCUGCUGUUGUGUUCACCACUCUGAAGGGUCACCAGCUCUGUGCACCCCCAGACCAGCCAUGGGUGGACCGCAUCAUCCGGAGAUUGCAGAAGACCUCUGCCAAGAGCAAGAGCCACAGAACUUAACCCAUGUCAGCCCCGAGAGGGUGCCUGUGUCUGAGUGGAGGGAAGUGAAUCACUGCAGCCCUGGGGAACCAAGGACCAAAACGGAGGAUCAGGCCUGCAGCUGCUCUGCACCAAACCUGACCUAGGCAGGGCCUGGAGUGUCAGUGUGAGUGUGAGUCUGAGUGUGAGCGAGAGAGUGAGGGUAGUAGGAGCACAGCCUCUCCAUGUCCAAACUGCAAUGCUUCCAAUAAAGCCCACUGGCACCCACA